UGACGGCCGCUGGAACCGGGCGCGGGUCCGAUCGGCUUCCCCGCGGGCGAUGCUGGCGGGAGGGCCCGGGCCAGGCCUGAGGGGUGGCGCCGAGUGUGUCCGCGGUUCUUCGGGAGUCCCCGGCAGCCCAUGCCCCACCCAGCCGGACAGCGACGUCCCAGCGAGCCCCCUCGGUGCAGAGCACAGUUAGGAAAAGGAAAUCCUUAGCGGGUCACAAAGGAGUCCGCAGUCUGGGCGAGUGCAGGCGCGUGUGAGCUGCCCACGCUGUCACUACCCAGGGUACCCCAGGGAGUGUCCACCCGCCACAUCCGACCAUGUCCUACGUUUUUGUCAAUGAUUCUUCACAGACUAAUGUGCCCUUGCUUCAAGCCUGCAUCGAUGGGGACUUCACCUAUUCCAAGCGGCUUUUGGAAAGUGGCUUUGACCCCAACAUCCGAGACACCAGGGGCAGAACAGGCCUGCACCUCGCCGCGGCCCGAGGGAACGUGGACAUCUGCCAGCUGCUACAUAAAUUUGGUGCUGACCCACUGGCCACGGAUUAUCAGGGCAACACUGCCCUCCACCUGUGUGGCCACGUGGACACCAUCCAGUUCUUAGUCUCCAAUGGACUCAAAAUUGAUAUUUGCAACCAUCAAGGUGCUACCCCUUUAGUUCUGGCCAAGCGCCGUGGCGUGAAUAAAGAUGUCAUCCGGCUGCUGGAGUCUUUGGAAGAACAGGAGGUGAAAGGAUUUAACCGAGGCACACACUCGAAGCUGGAGACCAUGCAGACCGCCGAGAGCGAGAGUGCCAUGGAAAGUCACUCUCUGCUCAACCCCAACCUGCAGCAGGGCGAAGGGGUCCUGUCCAGCUUCCGGACCACGUGGCAGGAGUUCGUGGAGGACCUGGGCUUCUGGAGGGUCCUGCUCUUGAUCCUGGUCAUUGCUUUGCUGUCCCUGGGCAUCGCCUACUAUGUGAGCGGGGUACUGCCCUUCGUGGACAACCAGCCUGAGCUGGUGCACUGAGGGCUCAGAGAUGAGGCAAGGCCUGUCAGCGUUGGUCUUCAGUUCUUAGAGUAUUCUCAGCGCAGCAGUGAGGGCUGGUUUUCGUUUGGAUUUUUACUUACCGUGACUCUUUAGGAGAAUGAAGUUUUCCUUUGAACUUGCCCUGUGGUGGGUUACCCUGCAUCCUAGUGCUACCUCGGACUGCCACAGCCUGGGUUUAGGGACUAUCUGCCCCAGGCUUGUCACAGCAGGGACCCCACCCUGAGAGAGGAGCAGUGACCCCCAGAAAGCAGAUUGGUUUUUUUCUUUGAUUCUGUUUUGUCCAUGGAUUUUGUCAGAGCCGAAAGUGAAACUUUCAACUUAAAUUUUGAUUUUUUUUUUCCUCACAACCUAAAUGGCAAAUUAGAGCUGUCAGACUCUUUGAGUUUUAAAGACUGCUUUCAAACUACUCACAUGGCCGACAGUCUUUAACAUGGAUGAUUUGAUCUAACAUUUGGUUGCUGUGGGACGAUUCUCAUUCAUUCUAAACUGAUGGCAGCAUCUGUAAAAAUCAGCCUGUAGAGUUCACUACUCAGUCCCCAGACUCCUCCCACUUUAUUUUUGAGAUGUACUGCUCAGAAACCAUCAGGAAACCCUUUGUAGUGAGUGGGCAGUAGAGAAAGAAUCCUGUCCUCCACUGUCACCAUAAUGUCCAUCCUGUCAGCCCGCUGUGUGUCACGGUCAGCGAGUGUCUGACAGCGGAGGUGGAGGAGUCCGUCUGCCUCAGGAACCCUGGACGAUGUCAUGCUGGAGUCAUGGUUCCCGUCUGUGUGUAGGUGCACGGUGUGAUAGGGAUCUGGAUCCCAACUACACGGUAGCCUCUUAGAGUGUUUGGAAGUCCUUUGCCUGCGGUUCUGUAAUAUUUAUGUUAUUAUGGAGGCUUAAUAAUUUUUCAUUAAGUAAAAUCUGAAACCCACAGUAAAGACCUGGUGGUUUUGCUUUCUGUAGCAAAGACUCCACUAGUUGACUCUGGAAAGUGGGCCCGUCCGCCAGCCUCUGGCUUGCUGGUGUUUUCUCCUCUGCUUUUAGACACCAGGUAUAGACACUUUCUCUCACGUGGCUGUGUCCUAGCUGAAGGAACUGCUUCCCAGCCCCUGACGUCAGAAUCAGCCUGCAGAGGCUUACUCCGACUUGAUCCUGUUUGGUGGGAUGAAAGGAGGGAGAGCAGGUGUCUGCCUGGAGGCCGGCGCUUUAGAAGUCGCUUCCCGUAGAUCUGGAUGUCUGGACCGUGUAAUGCGGUGCAUCUGAGGUCCUGCUUCCUGCCCCGUGCUGGUUUCUUUGCAUUGUGUGUUCUGCAUUCUUUGUUCAGUAAUAAAUAAUAAAUUUAUUGCACCAAUAAAUGUAGUUAUAAGUC